AUGGUGGGCAGCGAUGGGCAGGAGUAUCUGUUCCUGUGUAAACCCAAGGACGAUCUCAGGAAGGACUGUCGCAUGAUGGAGUUCAACACCAUGAUCAAUAAGCUCCUCAAAAAGCAUCCCGAAACACGACGUCGCAAACUUCGAAUUCGAACGUACGCUGUGGUGCCUCUUAACGAGGAAUGCGGCUUGAUCGAGUGGGUCCCCAACACCACUGGAUUCCGCCACAUCCUCACCGCCAUCUACAACGCCGAAGGACUAGGGCUUGCCACCAAGCAACUGCGCGACGUGUGGGGUUCCAAGAUGCCAGCGGUGGAAAUCUACCGGGACCACGUGCUGCCGUUCUACCCGCCGGUCUUCCACAAGUGGUUCCUCAAGUCCUUCCCCGACCCCACGACCUGGUUCGAGGCGCGCCUGGCCUACGCUCGCGCCAUCGCCGUCAUGUCCAUGGUGGGCUACCUGGUCGGAUUGGGAGAUCGCCACGGAGAGAACAUCCUGUUCGAUUCCACCACGGGCGAGUGCGUGCAUGUCGACUUCAACUGUCUCUUUUGGCGUGGCCUCACUUUCGAGAAGCCCGAAAAGGUGCCGUUCCGUUUGACGCCGAACAUGACGGACGCGCUGGGUCUGACCAAGCACGAGGGCGUCUACCGGUCGGUGUGCGAGCUGACGCUCCGCGUGCUCCGGGACAACAAGGACACCCUCAUGAGCGUGCUCGAGACAUUCAUCUACGAUCCCCUCGUCGAGUGGACCGCCAAAGGCCAUCGCUCCACCAGCGCGGCCACGGGGGAGACCAACAACGAGAGCGCCGUGCAGACGGUGGCUGACAUCGAGCGACGGCUCAAGGGUCAGGAGAAGUCCUACGUGACCCUCUCCGUCGAGGGUCAGGUCCAUACCCAGAUCAACGAGGCCAUCUCCCAGGACAACCUCUCGCGCAUGUACAUCGGCUGGGCGCCCUGGAUGUAG